AUGCCCAUGCUCCUCGACAUCCAGCGCAAGCUCUUUGCAAAGUCGGAGCGCGUCAAGUCGCUCGACUUUCAUCCCACAGAGCCAUGGCUUCUCGCCGGUCUCUACUCGGGUUCCGUCAACAUCUGGAACUACGAGACAGGCGCUAUCGUCAAAACGUUUGAAGUCACAAACGUCCCCGUACGAUGCGUCAAGUUUAUCGCACGCAAAAACUGGUUUGUCGCCGGUUCCGAUGAUUUCCAGCUUCGCGCCUUUAACUACAACACACACGAAAAGCUCAUCAGCUUCGAGGCGCAUCCAGACUACAUCCGCUGCCUCGCCGUGCAUCCGAGCGGCUCGUACGUCAUCACCGGCUCCGACGACAUGUCGAUCAAGAUGUGGGACUGGGACAAGAACUGGCGCCUCGUACAGACCUUUGAAGGCCACACUCACUACAUCAUGAACCUCUGCUUCAACCCCAAAGACUCCAACUCAUUCGCCUCUUCCUCUCUCGAUCGUACCGUCAAAGUCUGGACGCUAGGCUCCAGCGUCGCCAACUUUACCUUUGACGCUCACGACAAGGGCGUCAACUACGUCGAAUACUAUCACGGCGGCGAAAAACCCUACAUGCUCACCGUCGGCGACGACCGCACCGUCAAGGUCUGGGACUACCUCUCCAAGUCGUGCGUCCAGACGCUCACCGGACACACCUCCAAUGUCUCGUUUGCCAUCUUCCACCCUUGCUUGCCUCUCAUCAUCUCCGGUUCCGAAGAUGGCACCGUCAAGCUCUGGCACUCCAACACCUACCGUCUCGAAUCCACCCUCGACUACGGCCUCGAACGCGUCUGGUGCGUCGCCUACAAAAAGUCGGGCAACGACGUUGCCAUCGGCUACGACCAAGGCGCCGUCGUCAUCAAGCUCGGCAAGGAAGAGCCCAGCGUCAGCAUGGACGCUGCCGGCAAGGUUGUCUGGGCGCGCAACUCCGAAGUUCUCAGCACCAACGUCGGUGCCACCGCCGAAGACCUUGUCCCCGACGGCCAGAGACUCCCCGUCAGCGUACGUGAGAUGGGCACCACCGAGGUCUACCCGCAACUCUUGCAACACAGCCCCAACGGUCGGUUUGUGACCGUCUGCGGAGAUGGAGAAUACAUCAUCUACACCGCUCUCGCUUGGAGGAACAAGGCCUUUGGCUCCGGUCUUGGCUUCGCCUGGGCAAGCGACAGCAACACCUACGCUGUUCACGAAGGCGGUUCCAAACUCAAGGUCUUCCGCAACUUUAAGGAGCGUCCUGGUCUGCUCACGCUCGCAUACAACGUCGACGCAGUCGCCGGCGGUGCGUUGCUCGCCGUGAUCGGCAGCGGCUUUGUAUGCUUCUACGACUGGGAGACGGCCGCCUUGGUGCGUCGAAUCGAUGUGGAUGCCAGAGCCAUCCACUGGUCCACCACCUCCGAACUGGUCGCCAUCAUCUGCGACGACUCGUUCUACAUUCUGCGCUUCGAUCGCGACGCGUACGCGGCACACCUCGACUCGGGUGCCGACGUCCAAGAUGACGGCGUCGAGAGCGCGUUUGAGCUAGUCACCGAAGUCACCGAAUGCGUGCGCACAGCGCGAUGGACCGGCGAGUGCUUGUUGUACACCAACUCAACCAACCGACUGCAAUACCUCGUGGGCGAGCAGACGCACACCAUCACGCACUCGGACAACGAGAUCUUCCUGCUCGGUUACAUUCCUCAGCACGGCCGCGUCUACGUGGUCAACAAGGACAUGUCGAUCUUUAGUUACUCGCUCUCGCUCGCGUUGGUCGAGUACCAGACGGCGAUCCUACGAGGCGAUCUCGACGCUGCAGCCGAGUUACUGGAGCAGGUGCCGUCGGAUCAGAGAAAUCGCGUUGCUCGCUUCCUCGAGACGCAGGAUCUCAAGGACUUGGCGCUCCAAGUAUCGACCGAUGCAGAGCACCGCUUCGACCUCGCUAUUUCGCUCGACGACUUUGACACGGCGCUCGACAUUGCUCGCAGCGGACCGCAGCUCGGCUCGGAACCCAGAUGGCGAACCAUCGGCGACAAGGCUCUCGCCAGGUGGAAUGUCUCGCUCGCCAAAGAGUGUUUUGAAAAGGCGCAUGAUCUCUCGUCGAUGCUCUUGGUCGCUACCUCGACCAACGACCGCCAACUGCUCGCGCGUCUGGCGCACUUGGCCACCGAAAAAGGCUCCACCAACAUCGCCUUUGCCGCCUACCUCUCGUUGGGCGACGUCGAUUCGUGCAUCCAGCUGCUUGAAAACGCCGGGAGGUCCUCGGAGGCUGCGCUGUUUGCGAGGACCUACGCACCCAGCCGAGUAGCCGGAAUCGUGACCAGCUGGAGAAACCAGCUGCAAUCCGCUAACCGGCACAAACAGAACGAGAUCGCCGCGAGCAUUGCGAAUCCGGACCAGAACGAGGCGGCCUUUGAGGAGGGCUGGAAGCACAGUCUGGCAAAGGAAAAGCAGUUGAGGCUCAAGCAGCCCAACGGAGUUUCGGCGUGA